AUGCCGAGAGCGCCGCCAUCGCAGAAUCCAAAUGAGGCGCUCCAAAAUGAGGAGGAUGAUCAGCACCGGAAUCCGAUGCCUGAUUUCGGGAAGUUUUCGCUUAUAAGGAGGCGUUCGGAGAGCAUUACUGAUGAUACAUUAUUUGUGAAGGAGGACUUCUGCCGGCUUGAACUUCUAGGUGAAGAGCCUAUGCAUUUCUUUGCCGUCUUUGACGCUAAUGGAGACUCUCAUGUGUCUAUGCUGUGCAAACAAUUGAUGCACCAAUUCGUGGUGGAGGAACUGCGGCGCUUGUGCACCACUCCAGGGCUUGGUGACAACUUGAGCUUGGAGUUGGAAAUGGGGAGCGAGCAGCAGCAGGAAGGAGAGGAGACCAAGUGGCAUGAUCUGGUGCGAGCAGCCCUAGAGAGGAGCUUUCAGAGGAUGAACCGCCUCAGGCAACACACUUGCACGUGUGAGAACAUCACUGAUGGUUGCAGGUGUGGAUUUAUGAUCCUCACGCCGCCGGUUGCGGCUGUAGUGGCAAUCUUAACUGCUCGGAAUGUUGUCAUUGCCAACUCCGGUACCUCACGCGCCGUCCUUGGCCGCGCCGGUAGUUCUUUACCAGUCUUGGAUAAUUCCAAGGAGAUUUAUAUAGAGAUACAAUCAUAA